AUGAUACUAAAGUCUGAACAGUGCAAGACAAAAAAUUUAAAGAAAACAUCACAACCUAAUACAAAUGAUGUUUUGAAAUGCUUAGUCAAGUGGCUUUGUGCAGAGCUGCAGCAAAAGAAGCCUUUGCCUUCCAAUCUUAGUCGUAGCUCUCCAACUGCGAUAAGCUGUCUCGCAACCUUACUGAAGCAGCCUCUGGUUAAAGCAUUCUUUGUCCAAUCUAAUGGAGUUAGGUUGCUCGUCCCUUUUAUAAACCCACCUUUCAUUCAACCCUCAAUUCAGCUUGUGUAUGAAACAUGCUUUUGUGUGUGGCUUUUAUCUUACUAUGAACCCGCCAUUCAGCACUUGGCUACCUCUAAAGCUCUUCCUCGACUCAUGGAUGUUGCGAAGAACUCCACAGCGGAAAAGGUUGUUAGAGUUGUCGUCAUGACCUUUGAAAACAUGCUCCCCAAAGGGAUAUUUGAUUCACAAAUGAUAGAACUUGAUUUAUCAGAACUUGUUCGGAGUUUAAAAUUACAAAUAUGGAGUGAUGAGGUUUGA